AGGAGGUGAAUAAUCAUCGACUUAGUCAGCUUUUAACUGAGUUAUGACAACUGAUAAAUUACUGUAAGCAUGAGUAUUUUAUUGUCACAUCCGUAGCCAUUCUGGCCUUCCUGGUAUUUUAGUGGAAGGUAACGAGCGUGUCGAUCAACUGGUUGCCGCUGCAUGGAAUGGUCCGCCUCCUAAUGCAUUCCAGCAGGCUCGAAAUUCACAGAUGUUUUUCCAUCAGGCUCCAAAAAUGUUAGUUCGAAAAUUUAACAUUCCGUUAUCAGACGCUAAAGGAAUUGUUCAAGCUUGCCCUGACUGUCAAGGACAAGUGUUGGGGGUGGGCUUAGGAGCCAACCCCCGGGGCCUACGACCAUUACAGCUUUGGCCCAUGGAUGUUACCCAUGUACCCAGUUUUGGUCGUUUGAAAUAUGUACAUGUUACAGUGGAUACCUUUUCUCACGCUGUUUGGGCUACACCUUUGUCUGGGGAAGCAGCUCAACAUGUAAUGCUACAUUUACGUGGAUGUUUUGCCGUGUUAGGAGUUCCUUUUGAAAUUAAAACAGAUAACGGUCCUGCUUAUACUUCGCAGGCCUUGAAACGAUUUAUGAAUGUUUGGGGAGUUAAACAUGUUACAGGGAUUCCUCAUUCCCCCACAGGACAAGCAAUUGUGGAACGCGUGCAUCAAGUAAUCAAACAGUUACUGUUAAAACAAAAAGGGGGAGAUGAAGGGAAUCUGUCUCCUGUAGCACGAAUACAGAAGGUAAUAUAUGUGCUGAAUUUUUUACGAUUUGUGGGAACUGACACUGAGCCCCCUGCAGUGAUUCACAGUCCAGCUUUGGGCUCAGGACACAAAGAACAGAAGCGAGGUAUUUUGGUCCAGUAUAAAGACCCUGAAACUGGAGUAUGGAAAGGUCCUGCUGAGCUGCAAUAUAGUGGCCGAGGGUAUGUUUGUAUCAUUACAGAAAGAGGUCCUCGAUGGAUUCCAGCCAGAUGGGUCAGGCCAUGGAAGGGUCUGGCUGAAAACCCGGUUGCCCGGGAACAAGAAAAGGAAUAGCUAGCCAGCCACAUCGUGGAUCGACGUGCGAUCACCUGUGUUGACUGUUUGAAAUGCGAGCCAAUAUUAUGGCCUUUUGGGUGUUAAUCUUGUGUUUUGGCCUUCUCUGUGAGGGAGUGGAAAGUAUCUUUGACAUUUCACCGAGACAGAAUAUGUGGGUAACGUGGGUAACCAGACGGGCCAAAAGGCUUUUUGCCUGUCAAUGGCUACACCUUCUGAUCCUUUUCAAACAUGUUUGAUCGGUUUUCCAUAUAUACACUUGAAAGAUUUUGUAGGUUAUGUUAGCAAUAGUAGCCUGUUAAACAAGAGUUUGGUGAAUGAUGCUCAAGUUAAUGGCACUUGUUAUAGCCUUUAUUACAACUCUGACCCUGGUAAUCUCUGCCCAAGGACGGUCUGGACACGUUUACAAGUGACCAUUGUGAAUCAUCUUAACUGAUCAUCCCCUUCGCCAUUAC